AUGGAAGGAGAGGGUUGUGUGUAUGGUCUAAGUCACCAAGCUCGCUGCCUAAAGGCACAAUUGGCAGAACAAGAACGCAGCAGGUUUUUUGUGGGUACCCAAGAUUUGAAACAACGCAAUGAGCUCCUUCUCCUUGACUUUGAUGAAGACGAGUCGCUGGUGACAACCCACAAGUUUGAACAUGCUCAUGAAAUCUGGGGAAUCGCUCCAUCACCAUCACAGACUGAUCAUGUUGUGACAGUAUUCAAGGAAGCGAAUCACCCUGCCAAAGCAUGUCUUUGGCGAUUUGAUGCACCAGAAGCCGAUGAUACUGGCCGGCUUAAAAAUGAUAUGGGAAAGUUGGAACAGGUGACAGCAUUCGAGCUGAGCACAGAUUUGGGCGAUAUUAAAAAAAUGCUAUGGGAUCCAACGGGCUCCACCCAGUCUAUGGUGGCACUUUGCAAUCACUCUCUCGGUCUGUUUUCCCUGGAUAGCGGAAAUCCAAACUCAAAACCUUCUACCCUUAUCCCCAUAACAUUAUCGAGUGAUAAGUCGGCAAGCCGGGCCUCAUGUGCCAUUUGGAAUCCACACGGAACAGAUGUAGUGGCUACCGGAAUAGGAUGCAAUCUGUCUGGCUGGGACGUUCGAACGGCAAAACAAGCAUUUGAGAUACAGAAUGCACACGCCAUCUCUGUUAGAGAUGCUGAUUAUAACCCAAAUAAACCAUUUCAUCUUGCAACCGCUGGGGAUGAUUGCAAGAUACGUUUCUGGGACACCCGUAACUGUGAUCUACCCCUAAAGGAAAUAUCCGACCAUUCGCAUUGGGUGUGGAGUAUCUCUUUCAAUCGCUUCCAUGAUCAGUUAUUCGUCUCUUCCGGCUCAGACUGCUUGGUGAAUCUACAGAGUAUUAUAUCUAUUUCCUCCGCCCCGCUCUCGGAUGAGACGUCGGAUGUUGAUGAAGGAGGGGGUGAGAAAUCGGACGAUGAAAGGGAUGAAUACUAUGGGAGACCGAGCGAUGGGUUGGUUGCGGUUUAUGACCAACAUGAAGAUAGCGUCUAUGCGGUCGAGUGGAGUGCAGCGGACCCCUGGAUCUUUGCUUCACUGUCAUAUGACGGACGUUUGGCUAUUAAUAUGCUCAGACAUUUUCUCUCUCAAUUUUCGUUCUACGAAAUGCACUGUUCUAAUCUAUCAGCCAAACCCCAGGUAGUUCCUGAAUAUGCAGCCCGUUGUCAAAUCUCGUCCUUUUUGCAAACAUUGGCUGUUCUGUUUCCAGUGCUUCCCGCCACGUUAGUCGGCCUAUCGGGUACAGCAUCCAAAGCUGGGUGUGACGAGUUUGUCACGAUGGAGAGGCUGUCAUCUUUACCGUUUUUAACAACUCCAUCUCGCCUCGGGAUUCCAUCUUUCAACGCGAUCCGUGCCGUUCCCCGAGUGCCGAGUGUCCGUUUCUUUCACGAAACGCCCAAAACUGCAAUGUUGAUAGCAUAUCCUCGCCCCCUACCGCGCUGGACAAGUGGUAUUAGCAUUCUUCCACGUCUUGGUGGUUGUCGUCAUGGCAUUGUCCGCUCCCUUUAUCAGCAACCUAAACAUGGCUGGUGGGGAGAACAAAAGGAGGCAUUUAGGAAAGCAAAGGACAUUUUGGUCGGGACACGGAUCGUAUGGUAUCCGAUUCCGAUUUCGUUAGGAAUCGCGUGCUUGGCUUUCAUGCACUAUCUGCAUAUUCGGCGGCGAGAAGAAAAGGACAAGGACCAUGAGGCCCAAGUAGUGGCCUUGGAGGGCCCAUGGCAUGUUCAUGCAUACGGUUAUCUCCCCCUUCGUACCAUUUCGCGUAUGUGGGGCUGGCUGAACAAUCUGACUGUCCCUUUGUGGCUUCGGGAGCCUCUGUACAAAUCUUAUGCGACAAUGUUUGGGUGUAAUCUGGAGGAAAUGGAGGAUCCUGAUUUGACACACUACCCAAACUUGGCUGCGUUCUUCUACAGAACAUUGAAGCCAGGGGUACGUCCCCUGGACCCAAAGGCACCGCUGGUUAGCCCAGCAGAUGGAACUGUCCUCCACUUUGGUCUCAUCACAUCUCAGCGCAAAGUAGAGCAGAUCAAGGGUAUAACUUAUUCCCUGGAUGCACUCCUUGGCCGCCAACGUAAGCCAGACAGCAGUAGCAAUCCAACGGCGCUUGCCGCGGAGCCGGCGGAAGGAGAGGUUCUCAACGUGGCUCGUAAAACUCAUUCAGAGUUAGUGGUAUCAGAAGACGAGUUUGCAGAUAUCAACUCGAUCAAUUACUCUUUGGACAAAAUUCUGGGCGACGAGCCGGGGCAGCACACCACCAGUAAGGAUGGGAAAGGAAACCCCAUCGAACAUCCUCAUGCGCAUGCUGCUCAUCAGUUGAAACCUGGUAAUGCGCUGUUUUUUGCGGUGAUUUACCUUGCACCGGGUGAUUAUCAUCGCUUCCAUUCACCGUCCGAGUGGAGUGUAGAGAAGAGAAGGCACUUCUCAGGUGAACUCUACUCGGUCUCUCCCAUUGCCGUUAACUUGAUCCGAAACCUCUUUGUUCUCAACGAGCGUGUGGUUCUCUUGGGUGAUUGGCAGCACGGGUUCUUUUCAAUGAUCCCGGUGGGAGCCACCAAUGUUGGUUCUAUCAAGAUCGAUUUCGACCCAGAACUCCGCACAAACCUCUCCAAACGCCAGCUAAACCAUCCGCCAGGUACAUACGUUGAGAGAGAGUACCAACCUCCAGUCCGGUUACAUAAGGGUGAUCAAAUGGGAGGAUUUAUGUUGGGGAGCACGGUUGUCUUGGUGUUUGAAGCACCGACCGAGUUCGAGUUUAUGUUGGAAGCGGGACAAAAGGUGAAAGUUGGGCAAGCGAUCGGCAAGCUAAAGUGAUGUGAUGGACAAACUGGAGUUAGUGCAUGACGAUGGGACAUGUAGACGCAAUAUACAGAUACAAUGCAGGCAUGCAAUUUACAAAUGUCAUGACCGACUCGCCAUCUUGUUCCAUAGGAACAGGUGGCCCAAUUGCUCUCAUUCGUCUGACAUUUCACUAUGGUCGUAGAAGGGACACUGUGUAAGACACAGGGUGGUGGCAGAUCCAUUCUCAUAUUUACAUCAUCUAGCAAUAGCUGCGUUUUAAUUCCUAUUUACAGUCCUUUGCUCUCGUCCAG